UCGCUACUCUACUGAGAAACUCACAGUCAUUUCACCAUGGUCAAGCUACAAAGCAUCGUAAUUUUAGGUGUCAUCAUGAUGUGCUUCGUGCUGUCAAGCGAAGCUCAGAGGAAAAAACCGUGCGAUUGCGCAGCUAUUACUCUUUAUAAACCUGUCUGCGGUACUGAUGGACGUACAUACGGCAAUUCCGGACAAUUGGGUUGCUACAAUAAGUGCAACAACAAGAAAGUCAGAGUAGCUCACGAAGGACGUUGUAGGAAUUAACAAUUUGGAUUCUAUGGAGAACGAAAUCAUAC